AUGCCACUAGGAAUUCAGCGCUUAAAUGCGAAGAAAUCGCAGCCCAAUGACCGAAUCGUGUUCAUCAAACCUCUAAAGGGGCCAGACGAGGCCGUUGCGCAGGAUUUCCUGGAGAGGAUUGCAGCACAAUGCCUACCCAUAAUGAGAGAGCACCACCUAUCUGUCAUGUCGUUGGAGGAAUACGAGCCUAAUGCCGAGUUCGUGGGUAGGAACUUCAAUGCGGGCGAAGUCAUCCAGCUGGUCCUCAAAGCGCGGUUCACUGGCCGCUGGCUGCCGUUCAAUUAUGUUCAGAUGGUCAUGAUGCAUGAGUUGGCACACUGCAAGCAGAUGAAUCACUCCAAGUCAUUUUGGGCCGUACGGAAUCAAUACGCGGAUCAGAUGAGGUUGCUCUGGAACCGCGGUUAUGCCGGUGAGGGCCUUUGGGGAAGGGGAGCUCUGCUUGGCACAGGUGAAUGGGAAAAGAAUACGGUCCAGCCUGGCGAAAUUCUUCCCGAACAUCUCUGUGGCGGGACCUACCGGUCGAGAGGCCGGAAGCGCAAAGCAAAGAAGACGCUUACCUACCAAGAACAGAAGGAACGCCGGAUUUUGAGGAAGUUCGGAGCUAAUGGCGUUGCUCUCGGCGAAGAUAAGGAGACAAAGGCGAAAUUAGAGAAGGGCCGCCGAGUCGCAGCCAAACCCCGAGUUGCUGGGAGCGCUCGCGGGCGAGAGCUCAGGGCUGCGGCAGCCCUGGCUCGUUUUGAUCAGCCGAAAGAAGCGAAAGUCAAAGAGGAGACGGGGGAUGAUGACGAGACUGCGAGCGAAGCGGAGACAGAGAGCGGGGAAGACUACGACGAUGACUCUCAGCCCGAUGCUACGGGAGCUGAUGGCACGAGGAUCCUCGAUGAGAGAGGAGGGAGGAUGGUCAAAGUCUGCGGGGAUGAGAACGAGAACCCGUCAGACGACCAGGAUGCACAGAACGAGCUCCGCGAGUUGCAGGCAUCAUCAGUACCGAAACCGCCCAGCAGGCCAGCGUUGGAAUUUAAACACGCAAUCGAUACUACACCAGUCUCGAGGCCUCAGAAACCUCGGGGAACUGGAACUGAGAUUCGGCAACCAAAAGAAGUCACAGCAACGGAUCUGGGAUCUCAGAGAGAUAAAAAGCUACCAACAAGUCAAAACCAGCCGGAACCGAGGACAUUGCCUGCGGCUCCCGACCUCGGCCAGCCCACGCUAAAGCUGCGAGACUCUAGCUCGAGGACAUGCCCUGUGUGUUCUUUUGGGAACGAGAAGCACUCGAUUACGUGUGGCAUGUGUGCCAAUGUGCUUGAUCCCGACAGCGUGGUCAACUCGUGGCGAUGUCAAAGCGAGGCCUGCGUAGGCAGCAUUUAUCUCAAUGCUGGGGAUUGUGGCGUGUGCGGUGUCUGCUAUCAGCGGCGGCCGUUACCGAGCUGA